UACAUUAUACGAACUAAAUAGGUCCCGUGCACGUCGCUAGCCGGACCACGUCGAUAACAUUUUCCGUUUUUUUUUAUCGAAUUCCCAAAUUUUUUGAUUUACUUAUGAAUUGAUCGUAUGCGUUAUUGAAUUUCUCGUAAUGUUCAUUUAUGACAUUGCUACUUUUUUUCGAAAAUUAUUCGUAAAUUAGAAUUUACACGGUAACUGCAAGGCUUUGUUAUAAUGAUGUUUUCGGAUUGAAAACGUUCCGCGACACGCUUUGCCGUUGGCAACUUCCAUGGUGAUUUCCACAAGAUACCACCCCAUGUUCCAAAUACAUGAAAUACCGGGUCCCCAAUAGAUUAACUGUAGUGUUGCUAUCGUCUAUCGUUAUCCUUAUCCCCUCACCUCUUCCAACAUGGUCUCCACGGUAUAUACCGACCGUUCGGUAAGAUUGCGUUCCUGCUUUCCCUCUCUGUAGUCCUAUCUACAAGUAGUGCCGCCAAUGGCCGAAGGAGGAAUUAAAAGCUUCUAAACAGUUUUGACAAACGAAAUUUACUGGCGGUAAUUUACAAAUGGUUACUACUUUGUGCUCAAGAAUUCCACGCCCUGAUCCACUGCCCAAAAACCUAUCUGAUCUGAUAAAACAGGAUAAUCUUCAUGAGAAUAAAAAAGCUAUUGCUCUGGGGGAAAAACCGCCUGUUGCUAAAGUGACAUCAGCAGCAAGGAAACAAGCUGAGCUGAGACUGAAAAAAAGAGAAAAUAUGACAGCUGAAGAAAUCAAAAAAUGGGAUGAACUAGGUGCUGCUGUAAAAACAUUCAAACAAGCCCAGGGAAAGGGUUCUAAGUCUGUCGGAAACUCUUCCAUUAACAUCAACCCUGCAAAGCAACCUACACCACCCAGGUCAAUGAGAGGAGGUCAUGAAAUGAGUUCCAACUCUGCUGCAACAUCUAAAGAGAACUGUCCCGAAAAGCAGAAUACACCUUCCAGGAGAAUGCCCAUCUCUCCUCUUCAUAUCAGUCCUAAUCCGCAGUCUACAUCACAAAAUUUGUACACCAACAACGCAGGGUCAAUCAUAGGAGGACUACAUGAAACUAGUUCUAUUUCUGCUGCAAGCUCUAAAGACAACAGCCCUGAAAAGGGUUCUAAGUCUGUCGGAAACUCUUCCAUUAACAUCAGCCCUACAAAUAAGCAUACACCACCCAGGUCAAUGAGAGGAGGUCAUGAAAUGAGUUCCAGCUCUACUGCAACAUCUAAAGAGAAAUGUCCAGGAAAGCAGCAUACACCUUCUAGGAGAAUGCCCAUCUCUCCUCUUCAUAUCAGUCCUAAUCCGCAGUCUGCAUCACAAAUACAUGGGAUUGUUGAUAACCUUUGUCCAAAUGGCUUUCCUACCGAUUUGAUCGAGAUUCGAACAUCGAACCUUUCGCAUCACCGGCUAACCAUUACACCACCGUUGACAUGCGAUGCAAUGGGAAAACAUGGGGCCGUAUGGUGUGGCUCAGAGAAAACUUGUCUUGCUAGGGAAGAGCCAAAGCAUCUUGAUAUAGUAAUGAUUUUUCGAGAAUCGCUAGUGGCCUGA